UUAUGGAGUCUUCAUAGCAGGGCUUAGGAUAGCAAUUUCUGGAAGCAAGACCCAAGUGCCUCUGCACUCCCAUGCACAGCGCUGCCUUCCAAAACAGAUCCACCCUUCUCCACUUCUGCUCCUUCCACACCAAUGCAGAACGAGGAAAUUCAACAGCGGGCAGAUUCAGGACUUCAUGGGCAAUGGGAGUUUUUUGGGGAGCCCUAGAAGAGGGAAGGGGCCGGUGGGGACGUGAGGACAGAGAGCCCCAUCUGAUGUGAGGUCACAGAGCCCCACUGUGAUCUGCUGUUCAGUGCCAGCUCUGGACACCUCUGAGGCAGCAGCAGUGGCAGCAGCAGCAGCAGCAUGUUGCGAGCACUGGGGGUCGUAGUCCUCACCUGCUGCCUCCCCCUCUUUCUGGUGGCCCUGCAAGCCCAGGAUGCCCAGUCUGCUCCAAUGCAAGGGCAGGGAGCAGAUGUGGCCAAAAAAAGGCCUCUUCCAGCUCCUGAGCCAGAUUCCAUGUUGAUUCCAAGCUGGUAUCUCAAGGAGAUGGAGCCUAAGCCUGUGCAGAAGGAGACCUUCCAGAUGGGAGAAAGUGACAGAGUGCCAGUCUCAGGGGAAGAAAGACAGGCAGUGCCAGACACAAGCACAUCAGAUGUGGCCAAAGGAAGGCCUCUUCCAGCUCCUGAGCCAGAUUCCAUGUUGAUUCCAAGCUGGUAUCUCAAGGUGAAGGAUUCCCAGAAGAUACCUGUAGUUCCAAAGGAACUCCUAAGAGCCUUGGAGAAAGCUGCAUCUGAGAUGGAGCCUGAGACUGUGCAGAAGGAGACCUUCCAGAUGGGAGAAAGAGACAGAGUGCCAGUCUUAGGUGAAGGAGAGGCAAUACAAGGCACCAAGACACCUGCUCAGCCUCAGGGUCAUCCUGGAAGGUCAGCUAGUCUGGGAAAAGAUGAAACUGCUCAGGAGUUGAGCAAGAACUAUAUCCUUGGAACUGCAGCAGCCUUCAGCGUGCUCCUGCUUGGGAUUGCAGUCGGUUGCAUAGUCAUGUCCCAGUUAAUGAGAGACACAAGGACCCAGGGAGAUGAAGCAUCACCAGUACAAGCUGAUACUUACUCUGCCUGAGAAAGCAAGGUUUAAACUAGAGAUAAAGGCAAAGCAGAGUCAGGAGAAGGAGCAGGAAGGGGUGACAGAGACCAAGCAAACACGAAAUUCAGCAACAGCUGCCGCCUGUCACCAGGGAUCUUUGCGGCAGAGCUCGCCCAGCUAUACAGGAACAUGGGCACAGACCCUACACCUCUGCCCGCUUAUCCCAGCUGCUCUCUGGCUGACAGGGCCUCUUCACAGGAGAACUGGGUUUCCCUGGACUCACUCCAUCCCACACCAUCCUGGUGUCCCUGCUACCAGUACCAGCAGGGGUACUUUACUUUAGAAAAUCAUGUUUUGGUUU